GGCGAACUUGUUGGUUGUUGUUACGGACUGCAUAUAGGUAUGGAGUAAUUGUCGGCUUUUAGGGACUAGGCAUUUGUUUUCAGAGUAUUCAUAUUAAUUACUGCUGGAAUAUUAAAUCCAAAGGCUGAGCGGAUGUGACUACCGCUUGAACAGAAACAAUUUGAGAUUAAAGUCGAUAGAUUUGAAGAGAUCAUCCACUCCAAGUUGCUGGGCUUAGCAGCUAGGCUGACCGUAUCCUUGGCUUGGGCCUUUUCACUUGUAAAGUUGUUUCAGCUUCACUUACGAUGGCGUCGAAUGCUUAAAGAAAGAAGAGUACUUGAAAUCGCCUUGUCUAUUGUAUAGAUCAAUGUUGGAGAUUUUCUCAAUCUUCAGAUGGCUAAAGCUUAGGCUCGGCAUGCAGAGGGACACGCUGCUUGUAGGCACAUACUUGUAAGACGUCUUAUAACAUCCCCCUUUUUCCAUUUUCCUUAUUAUGGCAGCUAUAGAUGCCUAAUCCAGACGACAUUGCACUCAAGGGUUCAGGAGUAUAUACUAAAUGCAGCACUGAGCUACGUCAACAUCGUGAGAGUGUGGUUACAUCAAAGAUGACAGCUAACGGCAUCGGGCACUUGCCUUGUGCCUUUCGGGGGCGCCGGCCGGGGGGUCUUGUGUACUAGACGAUAUGACGGAGAAAAGAAAUCCAGCCUGUAAGAAAUACUGCAACUUCUUUCAGUUACAAUAUUAGAACAAUUUACGAGGGAUGGUUGGGUUUACUAUAAUAACCAAAAACGCAGAAAUGUACUAUGACUCUUACAGUUAAAUACGCUUUAUAAUAAGAUAUGCUCUUGCAAUAUACGCUCCUAUACGCUCUAAGCGCCCUACCAGCCCUGCUAAACUCUUAUCCGUUCUAAAACGUUUGCGGUAGGUGCCUUUUUCCCAUCGGAGCCGGAGCAAUUGUUGUGAGUUUAAACUAAAAAUUUCCCGCGAAACUAAAAAAACUAAUACCCUGCUCGCUCCAAGGAUCAGCAUCCCAAGCGGCAGCUAAGGAAGAAAAAGGAAGCUUACCUACACUUUUUUUUCUUCAUCACUUUUAUCUUUCUUCCGUUGCCAAGGAAAAAACUUUAUUAACAUGCUACAGAUCGAAUCACUGCUUUGUAAGUUUGAAUAUAGCCCUUGUACCUUUUUUGUAGUCUGCCAAGGCGUCUUCACAAGAUAAAGUGUCCCCCGCCGAUUAGGCAGUGCUACCUUAUGUAGCAGUGACGCCCUUUUUGCUUCCUCCACCUACAAACAUCCCCCCCCAAACUUUUCAACUUCAACUCCAAAAAACAUCACCAGCAUUUCACCAAUUUAAAAAAACAAAAAAGCAAAAAAAAAAAAAAAUGCCUCGCCGCGGCAAAGAACUCUCCCCAACGCUGCGCUCGCGCAUCUGCGAGCUGCACAGCGUCGGCUACGGCUACAAGCGCAUCCACCAGAUGCAUCCCGACGUGCCCGUCUCGACGAUCCGCUACACGAUCAAGAAGGAGGCCGACCGCCACGACAACAAGAGCAUGUCGCGGCCGGGCCAGCCCAAGAAACUGACCGAGGAGCAGCGCCGGCAGAUUUACGAGACGGUCACGAGCAGCAACCCAAACAUCUCGAAUAGCGAGCUGCUGGCGUCGGUGGGCAAUGCGGUGAAGCUGCGGUCGCUGCAGUAUGUGCUGCGGGAGAUGCGCGUGCCCGUCAAGAUUAAUCAGUUUACCGACCGGAUUGCCGAGCGCAUUAUAUAACUUUUUUUUUUUAUAUAUCUCUUCUUUUAUCCUUUCUUCGUUUUUAUUCGCUCCCUCUUUUUUGCAAUGGUAAUCCACCAGCAGCAACGAAAUUCAGCGGACAUUUUUACCCACGAUUCUCCUUGCGAAUACGAAAAGGGCUUUGCUACUUUGUAGCCUUGGCUCUUCAUUUUCUAGCCGGCGUUUACGCUUUCAAUGUUUUUUUUAUCUUCUUUCCAUCAUCACAUGUGCUUUUUUUUGCGGCUGGUUGAUGGACUUGCUACGAAAAAAUCUACUUGAGUGCUGGGUACGAGGGCUUUGGCCUGCGAGGUCACAAAAACAAAAAAGAUUCUAUGUUGAACGAAUCUACGGAGUUGGAAUCAUGAUUGUAUGAUGUAAAUGAGGCAUUAAUAAACAGUUACAUUAAACAUGCUGCAAUGCAUGGAGUUCGUACCUAUAUAUACUAGUAAUAUGUAUGAGUGUGUAUGAUGCGCCAGUGCCAUAAUCGCCAAUCUCACGAGAGGUCCACCCAAGUCUCUAAACCCAAAUAAGCCGGAUAUACCUACUAGAUUCGUAGCAAAAAUCUAAGCCCAAUAUUCUUCCAGCCCUAUCCUCCUUAUUCCGCCUGCUUUCUGAAUGCCUUGAAUGAAAGACUUUAUUCAGGGCCUGGCUGUUGAUUCGUCCCGUCCCAAAACUUGCACGUGUCGACCAGCAUGGGAAACGCCUCGGCAAACGCUCUCCCCACCUUCCAAUUAUCCAAGUUGCGCAUAUGGCUCUCAAACACCGGGUUAAUCAUAAUCUCAUCGCUAUCCGGAUUCCGCAGCAAAGUAUGCGCCUCCUCAUAAGGCCACGACAUGGUAAAAGUGGAUGUAAACGGGAGAAACCAAUUGUCAAAGUAGAAAAUCGACGGAUCGUUGGCUAGAAUGACCCUCUCUCUCAUCUCUGGGUAUGGCAGAUAGUCCAUCCACGCCGGGUGCGGUAUGUUGAUUUGACAUGGCAGUGGGCGGAUCCACUCCGGUAGGCGUUCGUAGUUUUCCUUUGUUGGCGAUAUCUGCCAUCGCAUGUAAAUGAACAUGAGGUAGAGAAUGGUCACUUUUUCGGGCAGCCCGGAGAUUUCGGGGAACUUGGUGAUGAUGUCUGUGAAGACCUUGGAUACCGGAUGGCUGUAUUGGCUGUUGGCCGGGUUGAGCAGAGAAGAUACAGAUGGGUACCGAGGGCCGGUUACUUCGUUUUGCUCGUAGCCCUCUGCGGCGCGCUGCUGGCGUUCGCUGCGAAAGUCAAGAAGCAGAGCGUCUAGUGGACAGGUAGGCUCGCAGUUUCUCAGAGGCCGCGC